AUGAGUUCGUCUGAAAGUUCCAGUGAUGUGGUUGUACCCAUUCCACCCUUUCAUUAUAUUCAUGUCCUUGACAAAAAUACGAAUGUCACUAGACUCGUAACCGGACCGGCGACGUUUAUUCGUAAAGAUCAUGAGGGUGUUACACUAAUGCCUGCAAAGAUGAUAGUGGUGACAACUAAGGAGUACUGCAUUAUUUUGCACCCCGUGAAAAGGGAUGAAAAUGGCCUUAUUAUUGAGGAGUACGGACAGGCUAUGCUGGAUUACGGUGAAGAAGAAUAUCGUUUUGCUCAGCCUCCUUUCCCAUUGUACCCCGGUGAAGAACUGAAAAAAGGUGUGACCACACUGACUGUCUUGCCUCCGAACAGGGCCCUGCUUCUAACAGCGCUCGUUAGAUUUCAGGAUGAAUAUGGAAUUGACAGGGUCCCUGGAGAUAAUUGGCUUUUCGAAGGACCUGGCGUAUACAAGCCCAGGAAAGAAGUAAAGGUGUUGGCCACACGGUCAGCUGAAGUCGUUCGUCAGAACACAGCUAUUUUAAUUCGUGCUAUGGAAGACUUCAUUGACAGAAAUGGCAAACAACGUGUGUACGGAGAAGAGUGGCUCGUGAAAGAACCUGGUGCCUACAUGCUUGGACCGUAUGAAGAAUUUGUUAGAGUCAUAAACGCAUACCCUCUAGAUGAAAUGCAUGCAUUGCAUGUCCGCGCGUUAAGAACUCACAUAGACGAAUUCGGAAAGCGUCGGCGACAUGGUGAAGAAUGGCUCAUCACGCACUCGGAUACCGAAAGCCACAUCCCAAGUGUCUAUGAAGAGGUUAUAAAGGUCGCUAAACCAAUUGUGCUCAACUCUUCACAAUACUGUAUUGUAUGUGAUCCAGUAGAUGAAGACGGUGUUCCACGCAUCGGUAGAAAGCUGCUCGUUCGUGGGGAAAGAACAUUCUUUUUACUUCCUGGUGAGAGCCUUCUUGGAGGCAUUGAAAAUGUCUACGUUCUAAGCGAAGAGGAAGGCAUUAUUCUUCGGGCAAAGGAGUCAUUUGUAGAUGGAGUUCAGAAUCGAGUUGCAGGCGAGGAGUGGAUGCUAAUUGGUCCCCUUGAAUACGUGCCUCCAAUUGAAGUGGAAGUUCUCACUGUCCGGAAGGCGAUACCUCUGAGUGACAAUGAGGGUAUAUACGUUCGUGAUCGCAUCUCGGGCAAGGUUCGGGCUGUAGUCGGUUCGACAUACAUGCUUACUCAAAACGAAGAACUCUGGCAGAAGAAACUGCCUGCUGCAGUUGAGCAGUUGUUGCGUUCCGCAAAGGACCCUCUUGCGGAUAGGUCAGUUACUGGGAAACGACAAGCAGAAGGAAAGGAGGUUCAGUUAGACCCCACGCGGGUUGUAACCUACAGGGUGCCUCACAAUGCUGCUGUCCAAGUAUAUGACUAUAAACGAAAACGUGCUCGUAUUGCAUUCGGUCCAGAGCUUGUGAUGCUUGAACCUGACGAAGAAUUCACCGUGUUGAGUCUCAGCGGAGGCAAGCCUAAGAGGCCGAACAUGAUUCGCUCCAUAUGUCUCCUACUCGGACCCGACUUUUGCUCUGAUGUGCUAAUCGUGGAAACUGCAGACCACGCUCGUCUUUCUAUUCAGCUGUGUUACAACUGGCAUUUUGAGAUCUCACCAGAACGAACCCAGGAGGAGUCAGUGAAACUGUUUGCGUUGCCUGACUUUGUUGGCGACUUCUGCAAAGCCAUUGCAGCUCGCGUGAGAGGCGCUGUGGCCUCUGUGAACUUUGACGCAUUCCACAAGAACUCCGCACGUCUUAUACGCGAGUCAGUUUUUGGCCGGGAUGCCGAUGGGAAGGUGUGCGAGAGGUUUGUAUUCCCACAAAAUAACCUGGUGGUGACAAGCGUGGAUGUGCAGUCGGUAGAGCCAGUGGACCAGCGAACACGCGAUGCCUUGAUGAAGUCGGUUCAGCUGGCGAUUGAGAUAACAAGUAAUUCACAGGAGGCGGCUGCUCGGCACGAGGCUGAGCGCCUGGAGCAGGAGGCACGUGGGAGACUGGAGCGCCAGAAGAUAGUGGACGAGGCCUCGGCCGAGGAGGCGAGGAAGAGUCUUUUGGAGUUGCAGGUUGAGUUGGCGGCGUUGGAGAGUGCUGGACAGGCUAAAGCUGAAGCGCAAAGUAAAGCCGAGGCGAUGCGGAUUGCUAGUCAAGCGGAAGUGGAAAAGGCGCGUUUGGAGGCGGAGGCAGAUGCAAUUCGAACGGAAGCUGAGACGAAGCGUCUUCGAGUAGCUAGAGAACUGGAGUUGGAGUACGUCGAGAAGAAGAAUGAGCUGGAACUGCAGCGGAAGCGCCAACUAUUCGAGCUGGAGACAGAGUUCUACUUGAAACGCGUACAGGCAAUUGGCGCCGACAACCUGAGCAAGAUAGCCUGUGCAGGACCCGAGCGAGAUGUGCGCAUGUUGAGGGCCCUCAACCUGAGGAGCACAUUGAUCACGGACGGCAGAACCCCGAUUAAUCUGUUGGGUGCCACGACUGGUCUCAUUGGGCAGGCGGAGAGUGUCGUUCAUGGUUCUGGGCUACCUGAUGGUGGUGAUGGUGACCAAGGAAGCGAGGACGCUGAAUAA